CGCUAUCCCCUCACUCCUCAUCUCCUCACCAUCACCUACUGCCUUUCUCCCUUCCCGUCCGUCUCCUUUGUUUCUUGCUCCCCUACACACAAUCACAGCUCUUGUCAAGAUGUCUGCCCAGACAGCCAACGGAAAGGAGGUUCAGUUCUACUCACGCGACGACGUUGCCAAGCACAACAAGCAGGGCGAUGUCUGGAUCGUCAUUGAUGCUACCAUCUACAAUGUGUCCAAGUUCGCUGAGCUUCACCCUGGCGGUGAAUCGGUCUUCUACGACGAGGAGGUCGCUGGUCAGGAGUGCACGGAGACGUUCUUCGGCCUUCACCGCCAUGAGGUCCUGCUCAAGCCCGCGUACCAGCGGUUGAUUGUUGGCAAGAUCAAGGGCGAGGAGUCUGUCAUCAAGGUGCCCGAGCCUGGCGCAGCGUCCAAGGUCCCCUACGCCGAGCCCAUGUGGCUCACGCCCAACUACCACUCGCCCUACUACACCGACUCGCACCGUCGGUUGCAGAAGGCCAUGCGUGCCUUUGUCGACGACCGCAUUCACGAGGUGGCGCAGCGGUGCGAGGACAACGGCAAGCGACCCGACGUGGACCUCGUCCAGGAGAUGGGUGCAAACGGCCUCAACGCCAUGCGCAUGGGCCCCGGAAAGCACCUCCAGGGACGAAAGCUGUUUGCCGACGUCAAGGCCGAGGAAUUCAACUACUUCCACGAGCUCGUUAUUACCCAGGAGCUUGUCCGCAUGGGUGCUCGUGGUUUCGGUGACGCGCUCCAGGGCGGCAUGGUCAUUGGCCUUCCCCCUAUCAUGAACUUCGGUUCCGACGACUUGAAGAAGGAGAUUGUCGAGCCCGUCCUGGCCGGCAACAAGUUCAUCUGCCUUGCCAUUUCGGAGGCCUUUGCCGGUUCCGAUGUCAUGGGCAUCCGCACCACCGCCACCCUCACCGAGGAUGGUGAGCACUACAUCGUCAACGGCACAAAGAAGUGGAUCACCAACGGUGUCUUUGCCGACUACUUCACCACGGCUGUCAAGACUGACAUGGGUUUCGCCGUCAUCUGUGUGCCCCGCUCUUGCGGUGGCGUCGAGACCAAGCAGAUCAAGACAUCGUACAGCACCACGGCCGGCACGGCCUACGUCACCUACGACAACGUCAAGGUGCCCAAGAGGUACCUCGUCGGCGAAGACGGUCUUGGUAUCCAGAUUAUUCUCUCCAACUUCAACCACGAGCGUUGGGUCAUGUGCUGCUCGACGAUUCGGGCGGCACGCGCCAUGUGCGAGCAGGACAUGCUCUGGGCCAACCAGCGAAAGGCCUUUGGCAAGCCCCUCAACGGACAGGCCGCUGUGCGCCAGAAGCUGGCCCAGUGCAUCUCGCUUGCAGAGGCAGCUCAGAACUGGCUCGAGAGCGUCACGUACCAGAUGUGCAACAUGUCGUACAAGCAGCAGUCGCUCUUCCUCGCAGGACAGGUCGCUCUGCUCAAGUCAUGGAGCACUCGCGUGAGCCACGAGGUGGCCGACGCCAGUGUCCAGCUGUUUGGUGGCCGAGGCCUCACAAAGUCGGGCAUGGGUCGCUUCGCAGAGGAGUUCCACCGCACCUACAAGUUCGACGCCGUGUUGGGAGGCUCCGAGGAGAUCUUGGCCGACCUGGGUAUUCGCCAGGCGCUCCGUUUCAUGCCCCAGGACCAAAAGCUCUGAGCAAAUUUUCCUUUUAUGUAGACUUUACCGCUCCUCUCCAACCCUCGUGGGGGUAAUGACAUCUUCUGCUCCGUC